AGUCGUUUUCAUGAGCCUGGAUGGAUGUGACGUGAACCAUUGAGUGUGUUGUACGGAAAAUUCUACGUGUAGACUCAAUCGCAGGGCUAAAGGCGGUGAAACAACACUAUACACAGCCAAUGGAACCCCCUAAAGAGUCCUUGUGAAAUUUUCCAUUGAAAAUUGUGAACUUUACACAUAUUUUUCCUUUUGUAUGUAUCACGAAAUAAAUUGUCAGAGUUCUGUAUCAAUUUUAAUUAACCCCAAAUGAGUUUUCUCAAUUUUCUUUUGGCAAAUUGAGCGUGAAAACAAUUCCUUUUUGCUGGUAAAACAUUCACUAUUUUAUUUAAUGCUCAUUAUUAAGUGCUGUAAUUUACCAUAUAAAGUGCUUAUUUAUUAUAUUAGGGAAGUUUUAAUCUCAAUUUUAUUGCAUUCCACAUAAAAGGAACAACAAUUUCACUGUGAUUGUCAUUCGCAAAUUUUCCCUUUUCGUGACUGACAGUGCGUGGUGAGAAAAUUGCGUGCAGUAGGAAAUUAUUGUAAACAAUUUACAAAUUUUGUAACAAAAAAAAAUCAAUACAAAAUUAAUGGGGAGAUUUUUUGUGGGUGGCUGAGUAAAAUUUAUAAAAUACAACAUGCUGAAACUGCUGAAUCACUUUACAAUCUAAAAAAGUUGUAGCAAUUCCUCUUCAAAUAAUUGCAUUUGCCACAGAAACACCCAAUUUCCUGGCUAUAUAUCGGGAGAGGGUUUUUUUUUACUAUAAGUGCAAAUAGUGCUGUCAAGUGCAUAUGGGACUCUUUUUCGGUUACGAAUAGUGCAGAAAGUGAAAAGUGGUUUAGGGGGAAAAAGUGAAUCCAACAGCGGAAAUGAACUGACAACUUGGACAAAAAACCAUGAACCAUGAUAAAAUGAUUGACAGCACCGCACAGAUUUGCACAUAUUCACACAAUACGAAUUAUUAACAUCAUCCACCCAGUUGGUGUGUGGCUCUAAUAAAUAACUCAGCUGAUUACAUUUGGCAUUAAAAAAAGAAGAGAAAAACUUGUGAAAUCAAAUACCCAAGCAAUGCUCAUCAAUCCACCUACUUCAUCUCAAUCGAUGCCCAAAUGAGCUGAAGAUUUUGGCAUCAGUCAGCCAAUAUAAAAGAUUGCUACCAUAUGCUUACAUUUGUGAGAGGAUCUAAGUUAGAGUCCUCCAUAGACCACUUGGCUAUAUUAUGUAGUACUCGGUAUAGUUGGAGUGGGUGGAGGUGAGACAUAAAAAAAAAUUCGCGCGAACAGACUGAGAAUCACAACACCCGACACUUUCACUGCCGCAAUCAAUAAGGAGGCAGGCACUCAUCAAAUUUUCAUCGAUUACAUGUAGAUAAAUUUAUAUUUUGGGACUGUGGUAUACGCGCGUGGAAGCUACACUCUGUACAGAAAGCACCUACAUACAACAUCGUGGGAUUAUAAUGUUGAUGCUGAGAAGAUUUGGAGCAUUUGUGUGGUGCUAGAAUGUGAGUGUAUAUUAUAUUUUGAAAUUGCUCCAUUGCGAUACGCGAUGUGGCUUCCAUUGUAUCACAGAAGGCAGCGAAUCGACUCGAAUUCACAGAAUUUACAAUAAAAUUCACUUGUUGGCAUCAACACACAUAUAUAUAGAAGCAGCCGGUAAUACGUCCAAAUCGCACCGAGCGCAAUGCUGUGAAGCUUUAAUUCCGCCAACUGAAGAAAGGGGCAUUGGGUAUAGAGCACUCACAACGAGGAAGUCUAGUGGUCAUCACAGUCCGGCAUAGUUGAGUGCCUUCAGUUUUGUCUGGGUCUUCAAUCUCCUAACAAGCACACACAUUCGGGGUCCUCACUGUGAUGGGGCACCAAAGGAAGUUAAUGUGAGCCACUGUACCCGUUCGUAGUAAAUUUACAAUGGUGUGACACAUUGCUACUGGUCGGGAACAAUUAGCUGACGCUGAACGUUAGUUACAUACAUAUAUAUGUGAUUUUGUGAGUGUUGCAGCUGAAGCUGUGCGCUGGUGCAAUUUGCCCAAAAUUUGGAUACUCUUUGCCUUUCGAUUUUUGUGCGUGGGGAAAAUGUUUCGGUGUUGGGUGGUGGAAAUUGUGUAGUGUGGGCUCCUGGCUGCCGGGAGGGGCCCCAAAACCCCUCGAUAUGCCAAGAGCAUGGCCGGCCCGCAGGCACAGCAAGCGAGUGCGUCACGGGCGGCACAGCCGUUGCUCAAUCAAAAUAACCAAGUGCACACAGCGGAUGAUGGCCUGGAGUUGGUCACCCGCGAUAAUAUCCAUAGGCACCACGUGGAGAUCGCGGUGGAAGAUGACGAUAUCAGCGAAGGUUCUAAGCGUGUUCGCCACAAGCACCGUCCGCUCUAUAGGCGUCUCUUUAGCUACAUCAGGAAUGCCUGGACGGGGGUCAACUUUUCCUCGGGAAAUGAUUCAGAACUAGAAGAAUUGGAAACACCACCACGAUAUCGUCCAGAUUCACUAAGUGCCCUAUGCAGAGCAACACGUUUUUCCGAAGCAGAAAUUAAACGAAUUUAUCGUGGUUUCAAGGCUGAAUGUCCAACUGGAGUGGUCCGAGAAGAUACCUUCAAGGUUAUCUAUUCACAAUUUUUCCCUCAGGGAGCAAAUAGUGGGCAGUAUGCGCAUUAUGUUUUCAAUACGUUGGACCAAGACCGAAGUGGAAUAGUUAGUUUUGAGGAAUUUGUGCAGGGAUUGUCAAUACUGUCACGGGGUUCUCUUGAGGAAAAGCUACGAUGGACAUUUUCUUUGUACGACAUAAAUGGGGAUGGAUUUAUAACCAGAGAAGAAAUGACUGAUAUUGCAACUGCCAUUUACGAUCUUGCUGGCCAUAUACCAAGUGAUCCAAUAGCUGCACUGGAGGAGGAGAAGAUUAGAGAAAAAGUAGACCGAAUUUUUCAGAAAAUGGACACAAAUAGUGAUGGAGUGAUCACGUUGGAUGAAUUUUUGGAUUGUUGUCAGAAUGAUGAAGCCAUUUCACGAUCAAUGGCCGUUUUUGAUACUUCCUUCUGACCCGAAGCCAGCCCAUCUGCAGGCGAUGGAGCUGCGGCCUCGGUAUCUGCAUCAUGCCUCAGUAGUACGGUGCGAAAAUCGCCUGCACUAUCCAGCACUUGCAAUUCUGUCCACUUCCAAGAACCACCACCGCGACGCCAUAGUGUCUCAUAUCAGAGCCAACAACCGCGACCAAAUCUAACGCGACGUGCACAGACCCCAAUGGAUCAACUACUAGCCCCCCAGCGUUUGCAACCGCCGGAUUCUCCGUCCCUCGUGCGGGUCAGGGCGUGGUAUACAGUGGAAAAGCGAGAUGUUUCACGUUGUUCCUCAGUUAGUGCUGGAAUUUACAAUUAAAAUUUGUUAGGCCCAGGCAAAAGAAAACUUUUAUGACGCUUCUAAUCGAAAACUUUGCGAAAAUUUAAAUGAAAUUAAAAAAAAAAGUGGCGCCAAAGAAUCCUCCGUGGAGGCAAAAUGUGACAAAUUUGGUGAAAUUUUGAAUUUAAAAUGCAAACAUACGAUACAAAUUAAUUAAAGAAAAAAUACGGCAUAUCCAUGAAACUGUUAAAUAAAAUUUAAAUAUUAGGUUUACCUACAGUUUAUAUACCAUGUAUACACAUACAUAGUUUUUUAUGCUCAAUGUUAAAGGUGGGUAAGAACAAUUGAUAACAAUACAAUAUGCCCGAGUUCUUUAAGCAAAAAAUUAUGAUUUUUAAUGCAGACUAAAAAAUGAAUAAUAUCCUUUGGAAAUACCGUACAUAAGAUAUUUAUUUUUAUUCGUGAAUUUUCUGCAAAACAAUUCUCAUCGUUGAAAUUAGUUUGAGGACCAUUUCAUUAGAAAGAAGUGCUAGAUAGUUAAAAUUCACAUAAAAGGAAAAUUUCCGUACAAAAGCUAUCUUACAUUGUUACAAAUAUUAUCUCAAAUUAGCACGAGAUUUUUUUUUUCAAUCACAGAUUUCAAUUUAAUAGAAUUUGGUGUCGAAUUGUAAAUUAAAUAAAAAAUAGUAGGUAUACUAAACUAAUAUAGCUCAGUUCCCAUAAUUACAGGGUAUUUUAUCUAUAUUUAUUUCUCAGAUUCAUGGAUAAUUACUGUACUUGAUACAUAAUAAAAAAAUACUUAUGAUGCUCUCCUAUGAGACACAAAUAGAUUAAUAAACUUUGAAGAAAAAAAAUUGAUAAUGUUCAGUAAAAAAAACUAUGAUCGUGAUUAAAGUGUGUAUGUGUAGAAAAUGAAUGUUGAGAUAUUAAUGUGUUUUAUGAUAUUUUGUAAAUUAUAGGGGAUAAAUUGUAAGAAAUUGACAUUAAAAUCACAUUAUAGAAUUACGAAUGCGAUACAAGGAAAGUAACAUUUCAAAUUCAUAGUUAUAUAUACAUAAAAUUCUUUUAGGACAAAAUCAAUUGAAAAAAAAAUAUUAAACUUGUUAAAAAAUGAAUAUAAAAUGUGUUUAAAUGUUAAAACAAAGUAAGAAAUUAUAGAAAAAACGUUUAUGGAACAAAUAUUAUGCAUUAAACUUAAAGAAGAUCCACUGAAAGAUGAUUAUUUGUAAACACAGGGGAAUGCAACUUUAACUUGCAUAAAUCAUGAUUAGAUAAAUUGCUCUCCAAUAAUGUUCAUGAUACAUAAGCAAAUUGGCUUAAUGCUAUCACAUAAAAUAGAAAUUGAUUAUAUUGUUGCCCUGGAAAGUUCCGUCAAAACUAAAACAUCAUAAUGUACGAUGAAUUCAUGCAAUACUAUACUUACUUUAAAUUUUGAAAUUUAACAAAAUAAAUAAUAAUAAAAUUUAUUUAUUAACAUUCCACGACGAAAAUAUUCAUCCUUACAUAGCUUUUUUGUAUGUAGUUACGUAAAAAAAAUGUCUUUUUUGUUCUUUUAUAACGUUUAGAAAUUUAAAUAAAAUACAAUAUUAUGUUGUUUAUGUGUCUAUAUAAAAAUAUAUUUAAUUUGUUUUAAAUGUUUAAAAAUUAAAGAGAAAAUUUUAUAGCAAAGACUUUGAGCACUUACUAACUAAAGCGGACUUUUAUUGCAAAUUUAUUAAAUAAAAGCUGUUAAAGGGGCUCUUAAAGAGCUUUUUUAAUGCACUACACUAAGUUGGUAUAGUAUUGCAGAGAACCAUUAAUUAUUUCUACUUCAUUAAAGAGAUUUUUUGCAUUUUAGUUUUUGUAUGAAAAUGUUAUUUAACUAUUCAAUACUCUAUUGUUUUUUCAUAUUAUUUUAAUUUCUACCAACUUUUUCAAAUCUACAAAGAAAAACUCUAAAAUAUGAAAAAGCUUUUAAAAUUGGGAAAAAUGAAUAAAGGAAAAUGUUCAGGUAAAUGGAAUAAGGUUUAAAAAAGCAUAUCCUCAGCCAACUUGCUUUUGGGAUCUAUAUACCUAAAUUGUUAAGAAAGAUGUGCGCGCUACGAGACAAUAUUUUGAUAAAAUCCUUGUGUUGAGGAAAAAUUGUAUUGUUGGAAUAAUAUUGUAGGACAAUGAAAAUUAGAAUGGUUAACGGUGUGAAAUGUUUCCGUGGGGUAUAACUAAAAAUCUAAAGGUCUACUAGUAAAUAUAAAAAAUUGAUAAAAUAGUUCCCUAAAAAACUCACAGCAGAAGAAAUGAACAUUUUUCCCCUUAAGAAAUACCCCCAUAUAUUUAUUUAUUGAUUUUGAAAAAAAAACUACAUAAUCUAUAUCUAAAUAAAAUACUUAUAUAUUUAUAAGUUUAUGAAAAAAAAUAUCAUGAAAUAUUUUAUAUGAAAAUAUUAAUGUGAAGAAUAUGAAUAAAACAAUUAAGUAAAGAAACUUGGAUAUUCUCCAAAAAAACUCAAUGAUAAAUUGUGUACACAUAUUUUGGAUUUAGCAGCCCCGAUCAAAAGAAAUGUAGCUUUAACUUGAAAAUGAAAAAUAUAUAGAAUAAUGUAGGUGUAAUUACAAUUAGGAUGUUCUCGAUGACACGUACAUACAUAUUUGCCAAAAAGAAAAUUUAACUGAGAAGAUAAAUUGUAAAAUGCGUAAGAAACAUUUUAUAUUCAUUUUGACUUUGUAUUUUAUUGCUUAAAUAUAAUCAUAACGGUACA